UAAAAUAGAAGGCUUUCGAAUCAUGCAGUGUCGGUAGCAGCAUCGACGAAAUGGCGAGUCUAGUCAUGGGGUCGCCAUGGCUUCGGAUUUGGGUGUUUCCCGAGCUCCAUCCUCCCUUCUCCCGUCCAGGCCUACCUCUCGAUUCACCGGAGAAAUCUCUCCGUCUUGGCUUCCUCCGCCACUGGUCUCAAGGAGGGCGAGGUGCGCGUCCGUUUCGCUCCGUCGCUGACCGGGAAUCUGCACGUCGGAGGAGCGAGGACGGCGCUAUUCAACUACCUGUUUGCCAGGAUGCGACUGAACUAUUGAAGGAUGGAAUUGAUUUGGUAACAUACAGACAAGGCUCUAGUGAAUUUGUUGUCUUAUCCUCUGCACUCUACUCUAGCCAGUGCUGAAUGUAAACCUGUUCUACAAGAUAAGCUCUCAGAGGUGUUUGCCAGCUAGAUAUCUUCUUAUGAUUGUGGAGAGCUCCGUGAAGCACCGAAGGAAAGGUCAUGCAGGCUGGCAAAAAUGGGUGAAAAGCUUCGGCAAGCUCCUGAAGCGCAAGGUCAGAUUCAACUGAUGCAUGGAGUUGAUUAUCUUCUCGACAACUUGAAUAUUAGAAAGAAUCUCUUUAUGCCUAUCCGAGUAUUGCUCACCGGAAAACUUCAAGGGCCUGACAUGGGAGGCAGUAUACUUCUGAUAUAAAAAGGAGGUACUUAUAGAGUAAUUAGUCCACAAACAGGUUUUGUACCAUUAGAUGAGAGGAUUCAGAUGCUAAGGGAGGUGGAGUGGGAGGAGUUCUUGAAAAAGGAGGUGACACUACCAGAAUCCAUUGCUGGUGUAUCUCACUAGGAUUUCUGGUAAGGCAUCAUCUUAAUCAUUUAGUUGGAGGUUCACAAGACACAUGAGCAAGAUGGUAGUAGUGAAUUUUGAGGUUUA